AUGUCAACAUCAUCAGUAUCUGAUGGAAUUCUUAACUUUGCUACACAAUACUCGAUUUAUACUGGUUAUAUUACAUUUACUUUUGGAUUUAUUGGUAAUGUGCUAAAUCUUCUCGUUUUUACUCAAUUGAAAUUAUUUCGAAGUAAUGGAUGUGCCUUCUAUAUAACUAUUGAAUCAAUUUCCAACUUACUUUAUCAGUUUUUAACAAUUAGUUUAACUAUUUUAACAUCUAUAUAUCAAGAUGAUGCAACAGGACGGUUUUCCUUUUGGUGUAAAUUAAGAUACAUAGUGGGACAAACAUGUGCGCUCACCACUUAUUACAUGAUAUGUUUCACUACUAUUGAUCAAUUCUUUUCGACGAAUCAUCGUUUUAAUUUAAGACAAAUGUGCACAUUGAAACUAGGGCGUUAUUUUGCAUUUAUAUUGAUUUGUUUUGCAAUUAUUCAUGGCGUUGUGGUUGGCUCUUCUUACAAUGUUCAACCAACAUUGGGAUGUAUCUUAUCGAAUUACGCAGGGAUUCAGUAUUCAACAUAUUUCUUUUAUCCAAUUUUAGUUGGUCUCCUGCCUGUUGCCAUUGCAUCAUCCUUUAGUAUCUUAGCUUAUCAUAAUGUUCGUCGUAUAGUUCGACGACAACUACCAAUUGUUCGUCGUAAAUUAGACAAACAAAUAACAGCCAUGGUUCUUAUGCGUGUAAUUGCCUUCGUUUUUUUAGUAUUACCUUUUGUUACUUAUCGUAUUUAUACCAUUAAUUUUCCUGUAUCAAAAGGUAUGCCUAUGGCAUAUGCAAUUGGUAAAUUGAUUCAAGCAAUUCUUACUUCUAUCUACAUUAUCAAUUAUUUCGUCAACUUUUAUCUUUUUAUAAUAUUCUCACCACGUUUUCGUCGUCAAAUAAAACUUGUUUUAGUGAAAAAAUGUUGGCAACGAUGGAAAUAUUGGUGUUGUUCCAUAAAUAAUCAAAUUGAACCUGGCAACAUUCCUGAAACACGCAAUUCACAAAUAGAAUCUGAAGAAAAUAUCUAA